AUGGGCGCAGACUCUCCAGUGACCAUCUUCCAAGGCAGUAGGAGCCAAUCACCAGUGGACAGGCGGGAGCGCGAUCGCGGCCUGCCGGCCAGUGGCGCAGAUGCUGAUGCCUCAGCACUGCUUCAGCUGCUGGAGCAGUUGGAUGGGGCAAUCACAGCCUGGGAGAAGUCCAUCAAGAGCCACACGUCGCUCAUGGGCGACUUCCAAAUAGACCCCGCACACCGCCAUGCCGAGCAGGCAGUGGACGUGGCGAGUCUCGCCUUCGAGCAGUUCCGCGCAAAGCUCGCCAAGGCUCGUGGGCAACAGCUCCUGAAGACGCUGGAGCGAUUCAGCCCCUGGGAUGCUCUCCGUGUGCAGGAGCUUUUGGAGCGUCGGGCCGCAUACUUCCUCCGGGACCCGGAGAAAUGCCGCUUCGCCUGUGCCGAGGCCUUCCUUCAACUGGUUCCGGAGCGGCGGCGGUGGCCAGAGGCGGAGCCGCUGGCCAUGCGGUGGCCACAGAACUUGGAGCGGCUGCUGGGAACCGCCCAGGAGGAUUGGCGUGUCCGGGCGCGGCAGCUGAAGCAGGCGCCAACAACGGCGACGGGGGUGCGCACGCAGCCGCACUGGUGGAACGCACUGCUGAAUGUGGGGUCAAACGAGGUGGCUUCUUCUGAUCCGGAGCUGACGGGCACUCUGGUCUUCACCAAGAUCCGGGCCCGGAACUUGCGGAGCGCCGACCGCUUCGACGAGUCGGAUCCCUUCGUGAAGUUUGAUCUGGGAGGUGUGGCACGACCAGCCAUCACUACCGUGGUCUGGAACAACGAGAGGAACCCUGAGUGGAAGGAUCCUCAGACCGGUGUUUGGGAAGAAGUUGUCAUGAACAUAAACCGAGCCCCCCUCAGCGACAUGCCGAAGUUGCACAUCUCCGUCUGGGACAAGAACACCUUCUCCUCCAAUGAUUCCCUGGGGAGCCAUGGCCUCCCUUUGGUGCAGCUCCUGCGGCAGCACGGCAACCUCUCGCAGAAAAUUGGCUUCGUCACGGGGCCUUUGCCCUUGACCGGCCACGGUGCGGGUGACAAGAGCCCCCACGUGGAGAUGGAAGUCAUUUGGACCCCCGAGGAGGUCGCCAAACGAGGCCCAGAGGAUCCACUGCUGCUGGCGCCGGAGAAGGACCGUCCCCUGCAGCUCUUGGCCGGCAUGGCGGCCACGCUCCCAGGUUUCGCGGACGCCUUCUCCAGCGCCUCCAUGGGCUUUUUCCUGCAGCAGGAGGACAAUCAGAGGAUGGAGCUGGGCAAGCGACCCGACAGCAGCUCCGCUGAGAAGGUCAAGGCUUACAACCAGAUUCUGAACAGAAUCAAGAACCUGCUUUGGGCCUCGCCUGUGGAUUAUACUGAGCUGGGCUACCUUUUGGACAAGGCAAAGGACCUUGAAAGGCGCGCCGGCCAGGGGGAGCUGCGGAGAAUCGUCGCCUUCCAGGAUGAGUGCCUCCCUGACAUCGGGGAGUGGAGCACCGACAGGCGCCGACAGCUGCGCAACCAGGUGUUCCUGGCAAAGCUGGACGACCACGGCAAGGUGGGCAAUAUGGCCGAAUCUCAGCUCAGUUGCCCCGUUAUGCCGUAUCGCCGCACCAAGGAGGUGCUUGAGCACGACUUGAGCAUUCUGCUGGCUCCAUUCUUCCUGCUUGUGGCUGCAGCCUUCAGCUGUUACAACAUGUGGCUGCUGAUGAACUCUCCCGACCUGCCGGGGGGCUUUAGUCUCCUCAUAGGCCGCUUGGAGAUGCAGGCAGUUGGUGUGCGAGCAGCUGGGCAAGCCGACCUGGCAGCCGCGAUGAUUUGGACAGCGCCUGAAGACGACCAUCACAUCCGUCGCCUGCAAGGGUCAAGCACAGCGAAGCAGUAUUCCGUCACUGUGCGCGUCGUGAAACAAGAUUCCUUUGGCGCUGAACCGGCGAGGGUGGAUGUGUCCUUCGUGCCGCCCGGCCACUCGGAGAAUCAGCUGAUGGUCGUCUCCUUCCCCGGGACCAACGGCAAUGCUGGCAUCAUGGGCAUGCCCAUGGGCCUUCAGCACGGAGCUGACGUGAACAUCACCGGGUAUGAGGAGACGGACGCCGGCCAAGCCACUACUUUGAAGGCGGGCAUGAAGGACGCGGCGCUCGGGGCAGCCAUUCCCCAGGUCCUGAGCUCGGACAAGCGCAACGUCUUCGUGAUGCAGCAGCUCGAGUACGUCACUGGCAGUGGUACUGAUACUGGCAGCCGCAGGUUGGCUGGCAACGCCGCUGCCUCCAACACCGCGGUGGUUGUGCUCUACCAGCCCUGUGGCAACAAUCUUGCUGCCGACAUCACCAACGAUCGCUUGCAGAGCGCGUUCUUUGGCACCGAGCAGGGGUCCUUUCAGCAGGUGCUGAACGUAUGCUCGCGAGGAACCGUCAGCUUCAGCGGCGCGGUGGUUGGCCCCAUCGACGGCUGCCCUGACUCCACGGACGCCUGGGCCACCUACAGCGCCAUCAAUGAUCAGCUGAAGGGUACUCCGGAAUGGGACAACAACUACUUCAAGCUGAUGAUUCUUCCGGCUGCCUGGCUCUCCGCUGUGGGCCUCGGCACUGUGGGCGGUGGUAUCAGCUGGUACAGGGAGAGCUACGUGAGUUCUCCAGUCCUCUUCCUCCACGAGAUCGGCCACAAUUGGAAGCUUCACCACGCUGGCGGCGCUUUCACCAGCCAGGAGUAUUCCGACACCAGCUCCGCCAUGGGUUACUGCUGUCGAACGAGAUGUUACAACUUCCUGCAUUCUUGGCAGCUGGGCUUUGCCGACUAUGACGAGACCUCCCUCUCACUGAGCGAGCUCGUGGGCAAGUCUUCGUCCACCUCGGUGACAAUCAAUGCCUUGGGCCAGAGCUUUACCAGCGGAGUCAAGAUCCUCACCGACUCCUCGUCCUCCGGACGAAGGCUGAACGUGCCUGCCUUUUUGGCGCUGUCUUGGCGCAGCAACCAAGGUACGGAUGAAUAUUUGCAAGGAACCAGCUAUGGGAACAAAGUGCAGGUGCAUCACUGGGACGGCGAUACCAGGACCGAUGCCGACAUCACUCACCUCCUCCACAAUGUGGACAAGGGCUCCACCAUCCUGGUCCAGGACACGGACCGGUCGGGCAACCGAAUUGAGACGGACCUCAAGCUCACCGUGAAGGGCACCUACAACCAAGCCAGUGACACGGUGGAGGUCUUGCUUUGCAAGCGCCUGGACAGCGAAAGCCAAUCGAGUGGAACGCUGACCCCAUGCGCCGAGACGGGUUCGCCCACUACUGCAGCGCCCACCACAACCACUACAGCAGCCACCACUGCAGAAGCCACCACGACUACAACUGCAGGCAUCACCGGCGCCACGGUGUCCGGGCAGAUGACCGUCACAGUCUCCGACUGCUCUUUGCUUUCGGGCGCCGACGGCAUCACGGGCCUGAAAAACGGCUUGGCCCUGGCCUUGAGCAUGUCACUCUCCGACUCUGCCUCCAUGGAGGUCUCCAGCUGUGCCCGGCGCCUUGCCGCGGGCCGGCGCCUGGCGGAGGCCACGCUUUCUUACAUCAUCACCUUCACAUCGUCGGGCGCUUCCACACCUGCAGAGAUGGUGGCCAGAAUCAAGGCGAUAUCCACUACAGACAUGGCCGCGGGACUGAACACGGGGCUCGUGGUGUCGGGCGUGAGCACGGGCGCCGUCGUUGAGGUCACGGCCAUUGCAGACCCCGUGGCUGACGAGCCCAGCACCACCACCACCACCACUGGUGAGAACCCCGGCGGGGCAUGGUCCGCAUACUUUACCGACGAAACCUCUUCCCGGGCAAAUCCCACCUCCACCGCCAUCACCGGCGUGGGUUGCAUGGGCCAGUUCUGCGGGAGUGUGAGGCUUGGCCACCGAGCAGACGUGGAGCUGGACACGCAAGUGGUCACUGUUCAGCAGCUGGAGGCAGAUGUGGGUGACCUCAUUUGCCAAUCCGGACAGGUGGCGACGCAGGUGAUUUGUGUCGGCACCUCCUGUAGCAAAAUCGAGCUGCACUGUGCGACGCCCAAGAAAGGCCGCGUGAGCGCAGAUGUCACGGAGAUGGCGUGGUUUCCUGCCCAGCUCCAUGCCACGCAGGACAGCUGGUGCUACGGUGAGGAUGUAGUGGUGGGAGUCUAUUGCGGCGGGGCACAGUGCGCCAACAAGAAGCUGGUUUGCGCCAAGUACAGCGCCAGCGAGGAGUGCGUGCCCCAAUGCUCCGUCCUCGGCCUGGAGUGCGGGGACGAUGGCUGCGGCGGUUCCUGUGGCACUUGCACCGCCCAGGCUGAGGGUGUGACCCCUGUUUGCCGCGGAGACGUUGGCCGCUGCAUCCAGUUCGUUACCUCGGACUGGGCAAGCACCGGCACGCAGAUGAAGAAGACCCAGCUUGUGUCCACCGGAAUGGGCUGCACCGGAAGGUAUUGCGAGAAUGUGAACCUCGUCCAGAUGAGCGUCCACGUGGAUGCCUCCGUCGUUGAGAAGUCCGGCUGGAUUUCGGACAACUCGGGGCACCGCUGGCCUUGGAACUCCGGGACCGCGGCGGAGGAUCAGGCGGCAGAUUGCCCAUCCGGAAUGGCGGUGAGCUUUGGAGAGUGCGAUGGGAAGUACUGCGACAACCUUCGCUUCGAGUGCGGCAAACCACUGCAGUGGGUGGUGGACAUGAGCAGCGAGCCAGUGGUCACCGACUGGUUCAGUGAGGAGGAGCAGCGAAUGGAUUGCCCCGACGGCAAGGUGGUGACUGGCGUGGAGUGCCAGGCAUCUAAGACCUGGUGCAUUUCUGACUGCGGCAGCUACUGCGACAACAAGCGCCUCCGCUGCCGGUCCAUCAAGCCGCAGAUGGCAGGUGCUGCCGGCUGGAUGCCUCAGAGUUGGAUCGAUCGGAUCCGCGCGCGGAGUCGUGUGGAGGUUGGCAUCGGGUUGAUACAAGAUUGCUUGGAUUUCCCUGCUGCCAUGUGCCGCGCGGUGCCCUUCCGAGCCUCUUGCGAGUUCUCCCCGAUUUCGUCCAAUGGGGCGUCUGUGCGAGCGGAGCCUCCCCAGGCUGCGACAGGAGCGAUCGCUGGCCACGCGAAGGCUGCCCAGUGGGAGGAGGCCCUAUCCUUGCUGUGGCGGACACUGGAGGUGCAAAGGCCCAGCGUGGUCACCUGCAAUGCUGGCAUCAGCGCGUGUCAGAGGAGCAGCCAGUGGGAACGAGCAUUGGCGCUCUACGACCACAUUGGCAGUCUGGCGCUGCAACCCUCCACGGUCACCUGCAAUGCGCUUAUCUCUACUUGUGGGAGGGGGACCCAGUGGCAGCGUUCCUUGCAUCUGCUGGGUCAAGCCACCCAGAUCCAGGUGACGCCAGAUGUGCUGUCCUUGAACGCAGCUAUCAGCGCCUGCGAGCGCGGCAGCGCUUGGCAGCAGGCUGAGAGCCUGUUGCAGGCGGCGGAGAAGGAUGUGAUCAGCUACAACUCAGCGAUCAGCGCCUGCGGAAAAGCGACGCAGUGGCCACGGAGCUUGUGGUUGCUUGGGUGCCUCCAGCGACAGCGGAUACAGCCGACACAUGUCUCCUACAACUCGGCGAUCACUGCCUGCGAGCGAGGCGCGAAAUGGCAGACAGCCCUGGCCUUGCUGCAGAUGAUGUCCCAGGUUCGACUUGUGCCAGACCUGGUAUCCCUGAGCGCCGCCAUCUCCGCCUGCGAGAAGUGCAAAGAGUGGGCCUCCGCGCUAGCACUGCUCGCUGCGUUGGACGUUGACAACGAGGUCCCCUUCAAUGCAGCCAUCAGCGCAUGCGAGAAGGCAGGCCAAUGGCAACGGGCCCUGCUGGUGUUGCAAACACUCGAAGCCAGACACGUGAAGGCGAGCACCACGACCUUCAACGCUUUGAUCAGCGCCUGUGAGAAGGGUAGCCAGUGGCAGCGCGCCUUGCUCCUCCUCCCGCAGCUGGUGAAGCGGCAGUUACGCCCAGAGGUGCUGACCUUCAAUGCAGCCAUCAGUGCCUGUGAGAAGGAAGCGCAGUGGCAGGUGGCGGGCUUCCUCUUCCACUCGCUGUCUGCCUGGCGGCUGCGCCCCGACACGCGCACCUGCAAUGCCUACAUCAGCGCCUGCGAGAAGGCCAAGGAGUGGCAGCGGGCCUUGCUGAUCCUGAGAUCUGUGGAGACCCAUGCGGUGCUUCCCAGCAUCAUCACCUACAACGCGGCCCUCACAUCAUGCGAGAAAGCAAGACGCUGGCAGGAUGCCUUGGCCCUCUUCCGCGAGGCCGUGGAUCGGCGACUGGCGCCCUCCGCGGUGACCUGUGGGGCGUUGGUCAGUUGCUGCGAGAAGGCGCUCCUUUGGGAGCGCGCCCUGGCGUUGCUGGAGGAGAGCGCCCGCCUCCGCGUGCAGGUGAACAUCGUGGCCUGCAAUGGCGCGUUGAGCGCCUGCGCGGGCUGUGGGCGCUGGGCGGCGGCGCUGGCCUUUGUCGCGAAUUCCUCGCAGCGAAACCUUGAGGCUUCCAAGGUGACGACCAAUGCCCUUCUCAGCGGCUGUGAGAAGGGCAGCCAAUGGCGCUGGGCUUUGCGCCUCGGCUGUCGACAGCUGGACGGCUUCGGCUGCUGCAGCGUGGUGAGCGCGUACGAGAAGGCCGCCAGGUGGCGGCUGGCACUGCAGGCCCUCAAGGCCUGGCUCCCGCCCAAGGCUCCCAGCCGGGUGGUGGCCUACAAUGGCGCCAUCAGCGCUUGUGAGAAGGCCGCAAGGUGGGCUUGGUCCUUGUGGCUCCUUGGCGCGCUCGCGAGCGGCGACGGGCAGGUCACCGCCAUCAGCCUCCACGGCGCCUGCAGCGCCUGCAAAAGGGCUUGGCGCUGGAGCGAGGCUACAGCUUUGCUGGAGAUCACCAGGUCAACGUUUGACGCAGACCCUGCCAUAUGCGAUGCCGCAGUGGCUGCAUGCGAGGCUGCGGGCGAAUUCGGGCCUGCGCACUCCGUUCUCAGCAUUCUGGGCAUCGUGGCGGCGGCGGACAUGCCCACGGGAGCAGCGCCGGCACCGCCGGCGCCCAGCCCCUGGUGGGAGGGCGCCGGAGAUUCUAUCGGCGACGCGUGGAACCAGUUCACCAGCGGGGAUGCCGCAGUUGGCGGCGCCCAGCAGCUGCUUGCGAGCUGUGGCCUUGUGGCAGGCGCAGCUUGGGGCUUUGGCUGGUUGAAGGUAAAGGAAAUUAAACUCACGUGCGGCUUGUGA